UGAAUAAUGUGGUUCUCAGCCAUAACAUUAAAGAUCCCUUCUUAAAUUAAUCUGAAUGCCGUCUCAGUAGUCAGUGUAUUCCAGAACAGGUAGUAGGGGUUGCUGGCUGCCGCGUGGCCACGGUGGUGACGGGUGAAAAUUAGUUAUAAAUAUAUGUUGGAACAUGACGGAGUAUUGUUUUGUUUCAUGAAAUGAAACUACUAGGAGCGGGUUCAUAUAUCAAUUUGUUUAAGUGGGGCGAGGCCGCAAUUGAUCAGUAGAUGGCAAGUUCAAAGUUAAAUUGUUUAGGCCACCAAUUUUUACAGUUUCAACCAUCAAAAGCUUUGUCUUCCUGUAAAAAACUGGAAGAACUGCAAAAAAUCCAUUCUUUGUUAAUAGUGUGUGGACUCGAUAAAAUCAACUUGUUUUCAGGAAAGCUGAUAAGCAAAUAUGGGCAAUUCAGACACCCUUGUGCAUGUCUUUCUAUAUUUCGCCUUGUCUCACCCACCCAAAAUGUAUAUCUGUAUAAUACAAUUAUUAGAGCAAUGACCCAUAAUGCUCUUUUCUCUAAAGCUUUGAGCUUUUAUUUUCAAAUGUGGAACAUGAAAGUUCAGCCUGAUAGGUAUACAUUUCCAUCUCUUCUUAAUGCUUGUGCUGGUUUAUUGGAUGUUGAUAUGGGGAGUCUUGUGCAUGAUCAUGUUUUGCAAAUGGGGUUUUUCUCUGAUUUGUAUGCUGGGAAUGCUUUGAUUGAUAUGUAUGCAAGAUUUAAUGAGCUGGGCAAAGCGCGUAAUGUGUUUGAUAGGAUGCCUCACAGAGAUAUCGUUUCUUGGAAUACUAUUAUUUCAGGGUAUAGCUCAAAUGGUUACUGGGAGGAAGCACUCGACUUGUUUCAGGAGUCGAGAAAGUUGGGCGUGGUACAUGAUUUUGAUACCGUGUCAAGUGUUUUACCUGCGUGUGGUGGUCUAAUCGCCUUUGUUGAUGGCGAACGAGUUCAUGGGUUAGUAGAGAAGACUGGGAUGAGGGCUGAUACAGUUGUGAGCAAUGGUCUUCUUAGUAUGUAUUUCAAGUUUGAUAACUUAGCGGACUGCCGUAAACUUUUUGAUGAAACUGUGGCUAGAGACACUAUUUCGUGGAAUAUUGUCAUAUGUGGUUACUCUCAGUCAGGCCUGUAUGAAGAAUCAAUCAAGCUGUUUCAGGAAAUGGUGUCUAAAUUUGAGCCUGAUUUGUUAACAAUCACAUCCUUACUUCGUGCAUGUACUCACAUUGGGGAAUUGAGUUACGGAAAGUUUAUUCAUGAAUACAUGAUCCGGAAAGGAUACACGUGUGAUACUACAGCCAGUAAUAUUCUCAUUAAUAUGUAUGCAAAAUGUAGUGAUAUGGAGACUGCGAGGGAAAUAUUUGACAGAAUGAAAUGCUGGGAUUUGGUGUCAUGGAAUUCAUUAAUCAGCGGUUAUUUUAAAAAUGGUUGUUACAUCAAAUCUGUAAAUAUAUUUAAAAUGCUUAAAUUCGUGUUGGAGCCUGACUUUGUCACCUAUGUGACACUUCUUUCAAUGUCUGCUCAGUUGGUUGACCUAAGUCAAGUAAAGCAAAUUCAUUCUCAUAUUAAAAAGGUGGGAUAUGAUUCAUGUUUAGUUGUAGGAAAUGCUCUUGUGGACGCAUAUGCUAAAUGUUGCAGUACUGAGGAUUCCUUGACUCAAUUUGAGAGCAUGAAGUGUCGCGAUAUCGUAACUUGGAACUCUAUAAUUGCCGCAUUUGUUCAUUUUGAUGAAUGUAACAUUGGGUUCGAGAUGAUUACUCGAAUGCAAAGGGAGGGGGAAAGGCCAGAUGAAGCUACCAUGCUAGCUGUGCUUCCUAUCUGCUCUGUACUUUCAGCGAAGAGACAGGGAAAGGAGAUUCAUGCUUGUAUUUUGAGGUUAGGAUAUCAUCUACAUGUCCCAAUUGGGAACGCGCUAAUAGAAAUGUAUUCAAAGUGUGGUUCUUUGAAGAAUUCACUUAUAGUAUUCGAGAAUAUGAAAACCAAAGAUGUAGUUACAUGGACGUCAUUAAUCUCUGCAUAUGGGAUGUAUGGUGAAGGAAGGAAAGCUAUAAGUGCUUUUGAGGAGAUGAAGAGAACAGGUAUUAGUCCUGAUCAUAUCAUAUUUGUUUCUGUCAUACAUGCCUGUAGUCAUUCAGGUUUGGUGGAAGAAGGCCGGACUUUCUUCAAUCAGAUGAAGAAAGACUUUAACAUUGAGCCUCAAAUUGAGCAUUAUGCUUCUGUAGUUGAUCUUUUGUCACGAUCUGGAUUGUUAGCGGAAGCUGAGGAGUUCAUUUUGUCCAUGCCAUUCACACCGGAUGAAAGUAUAUGGGGAGCUUUACUUAGUGCUUGCCGAUCAAGUAGUGACAUCAAGAUUGCUGAACGUGUGUCAGAGUGUAUAGUUGAACUAAAUUCACAGGAUACCGGUUAUCAUAUAUUAGUUUCAAAUGUAUAUGCAACAUUAGGGAAGUGGGAUAAAGUGAAAACAAUUAGAAACUCACUGAAACAUAAAGGACUGAGAAAAGACCCUGGUUGUAGUUGGCUGCAGAUACAUGACAAGGUUUAUGUUUUUGGUGCUGGGGACAGACACCAUAAACAAUAUGAAGAGGUUAAUUUGUUUCUUGAUUCCCUCAGUAAUCUAGUGAGAAAGGAGGGGUAUGUUGCUGACUUAAAAUCUGUUUUGCAUGAUGUUGAUGAUGAUGAGAAGAGAGAUAUUCUUUGUGGCCACAGUGAAAGAAUUGCAAUUGCAUUUGGAUUGUUAAAUACAAAACCUGGUACUCCUCUGCAGAUUAUGAAGAAUUUGAGAGUAUGUGGAGAUUGCCACACUUUUACCAAGUACAUAUCAAAGAUUGUGCAACGAGAACUAUUAGUUAGAGAUGCAAAUCGCUUCCAUUUGUUUAAGGAUGGAGUCUGUAGCUGUAGAGACCUCUGGUGAUUAUAAAGAUUUAUUUCUUGUGGCGAGAUUCAAAGACCAGGCACUAGCCCUGGUACUGGAACACUAGCCUGCCUUGGCAGUACUCUGUUUCAUUUGGAGGUUCUACUUUCAGGAGAGGUGACUGUUACUUGAAUAAAUGCCUUUAAGCUUUGCUUUUGGGACUCUGCACAAUAGAACUAUACUCACAUUUUGAAGCUCUGUCCGAGUUCGUUGAAAUUAGGCUAUGUCAUGAAUGAGUAAUACAAUUGGUUUAGGUGUAACGUAAGCACUUUUUCACCCUUUCAUACUAUGGACGGAGACUGUUAGGUUGGAAUAUCAUGCUUUACAUUCUGGUGAGCCACCCUCAUCAGGGAAUAUUGAGAUGCUACCGAGAAAAUCUUGCUCUGUAUUAUCGUGGGUUGCCCUCACUAGGGAGCUCGAAGGAUCUUCUCAAAAAUAUCUUUCGGAAAGCCUUGUUGAGUUUGGUGGGUUGUCCUCAUUAGGGAGCAAAGCCGCACCUAGGCAUUUGAGGCAGAUAAUGGAACGAAGGUUAUGUUGGAUGGCUGUUAUGUUGAGUGUGGGAGAAUUCGAGUCCGAAUAUGAUUCGAAAAGCCCUAGACCGACCGACACGCUUCAAGGCCCGUGACUAGGCCUCAUCGCAUUGGGCCCCUUCCAGAAAUGCGGUUGAAGGGGAACUGAAUCCUAGUAGGUUUCUUAGACAACAAAAACUACAUGACUUGAUCCCCUGUAAAUAGAAGUACGUAAGCACAUUAUACGUAUUGGCAAUUCUUGAGAGAGCGAGAGACUUGAAGUGGAACUUUCCCAUUAUAUUGUCUUUAAAUGUAAUUUUCUACUUACAUUUUAUUAUCCGAGAACUGCCAUGAAAACCUGUAACCAAUAUGCCUUAAUGGUGAAAACAUGAUUAGCAAAGGCUCAAUCGUAGUUUUUUCUGGGUAUAGAUUGUAUAACAUGUCAAUGUUGUGCAGUAGUGGUGGCUAUAUAGAGCAUCAUAUCGCUGUUCAUUCUGUCUAACCAUUUAUUGAUUUUUGGAGGUCAUUUUUUUUUUUAUCUUAAUAUUCAUAAAUAUGCGCAUGCAAGUCGAAGAGUCCUAGCACCAAAUCAAGUUGUCUAUAUAUCAUAUGGUUAUGAUAAUUUCGAUUGAAGUAGUCUCCUUAUUAAUACCCAACCAUGACCGACGAAGUUACAUUGCCUUAAAAAUGUUAAAAGUAAAAAAGGUAAAGUAACCUUCAUCACGUUUUGGCCAAUAUAUAUGCAGAAUUGGAACUAGAACAGGGCCUUGGAGCUAUUUUAGAAGGGGGAGAAAGAAUGUUCUUUCUACAUGAGAACUGGUUCAUGCAAGUAUGGGAAAAGAUACAGGUUUCAUCAUCCGAAUCCUGCAACACCGGAAGGAGGUGACACUAUUUCACCAGGCUCCUGCUUACUGAACAUCACAAGGCAUUCUGCCUAUUCCCCAGCACUUUCGAUGAUCAUUUCAGCAAUUAGAUCCAGCUUCUAUGCACAUCCGCAGGGCCAGGUGAAAGUAGAUGAAUAUCCUGAAUGACUUGGACAGCCCAAUUGCAGUUUCUAACGGAGACGGCUAUCAAUCUUAGUGACAAAGGACUGCCUUUGCAACCUUGUCUCCUCACACUUUAGCCGUUUGGGUCGACCUGUAAGUGUGAUCAUUCAGUUGGUGGCACUGCAACUUCUCAGAUGGGGAUGAUCAAGGCCGUAUCCCAGAGUCUACUUGCUUUGCAGAUGAACAUGAGGAGUGGGAAACGGAGGCGAUGGGGUCUGCUUGAGUAUCAUACAGUAGUUGCAAAAAUCGUUUCUCGAAAGUAUUUUUUUUCUGGGAACAUGGUCAACCAUAAAUUCUUAUGUUCUCGAUUCUUCAUCCACCGAUGCAGAAAAUGCUCCAGUUUUCCAUUUUCAUAUGAGGCCGGAAAGUUUAUUGGCAACAAGUCGGCACGAAUAGUAACUGAUUACAAAACUCUGUGAAAUUUACAAAGUAAGUUUAGUUUUUUAUCUUAUUAUUAAUAAUAGUAUUAUAUCAUAGUGAUUACAAAUACUUAGAAAACUUUUUGUACUUUACCUCAGGUUGAGGUCUGCAAGACUUUUGAAGGAUAUUGUGAUGUUUUCCACUAAAUAAGACUAUGGUUGUAGAAUAAUCGGAUGCUGAUGUUGUUUCUUUGACCAUAUUUAUUUUGUAAUAGUUUGGGUGCGUGGAGGAUAAAACACAUGUCCAUGUUUACUUGUUGUUUCAUCUUUAACUAUUUCACUACUUUGUUAAAAAUUGUUUUCCAUUUUAUGGAAUCCCAAUGAUGAAACAACAAUUUUUGAAAAAUCUCAAUCAGGUGGGGGUUGAUUUUGCCCAAAUAGGAUUGUACUUUUUAGUUUUUAGAUGUGAUUUAAAUUAUGUUUGUUUACUUUCUUUUGGAGUUUGUUUGAAGAGAGUUGUUUGUUUUAUUUUGAUUUGAGGGGAGUCUUCUCUAAUAUAUUUUUUUAAACUUAUUUCAAAAUGAUACGAGAUAUUGCCCUCAACUACUCAACAAAAAAAAAUAACAUUGAAAUAUUUUUUUCAUGAGAGUCGGCCGCUCUAUCCUCCUCAAACCCUAGUCGCCUCCAUCUUCUUCUCCACCUCUUCUAUCCAUGUCUCUUCCUAUCUCCUUUCAUCCCGUCUCAAUUCUCUAGCCGUUCAUCCUCCAUCCACACACCACCUCUUCUUUUCUUUUCAAUUUCUAUCAAUAAUCCUCUUUGUUUGUUUCUUCUUCAAUAAAAUUUAGUUUUGUUUCACAAAAUUCGAGAAACUCAUUUGGGUUUUUCCGUUGUAUUGUGUCUGAGUUAUUGUUUAUGUGUUUGAGUGUCUCGCUUUGUGCGAUUUGUCUCGCUUUAUGCGAUGUGUUUGUGUUAAAAAUGAAAUUUACGGUGUAUUGGGAGAUCUGAAGAACUCGCAUCAACAACACUUUCGGCAGGUCUAUAGUUGGUGUCCGACAAGUAGAUAGCUGGGGUGCAUUUGGAACGGUGGUGAAAAUCGCAUGUGCUCACCUCUCACAAAAUAUAUCUGUUCAUAAUAUGAGGCCUCCAAACUCAGUUUUUGUAACUGAGUCCUCUGAACAUGACACUAUCCAUGAAAUUACUGUGAGGGUCAAUUGUGAAGCUACUGUUUUCAGAAGAGAUGCCGGUUGGAUUGCUCAGGAAGCCAUCAUCUUCAUUUUUAAUUUUGAGAAUAUUUGUAUUCAGUUAGUUAAGCAAUCCGGAAACAAAGCGACUAAUUAUUUAGCUCGUUUAUUUGUUCUUCAACCUGAUUGCAUGAUCAAUGGGGGGUUUGUCCCGAUUGAGUCUUUUUCGUAUUAAUCCGCUCUAUAUUUUGGCAAAAAAAAAUAAAAAAUAACAUUGAAAUAUAAUUAAAUGUUGAUUUACUCUCACACUUUUGUAAAAUUAUAUUCCAGCAACAAAUACAAAAUUAAAUGCCUCAAAAAUUAUAGAUCAUAUAGAAUUUUUUUUAAAUACUUUAUAUUUUAUUUUUCUCCUCGCGCGUUUCCCCCACUAGAAAUUGAUUCCCAUGGUCGAAGUUAAUAGUCUAUAACAUGAGACUUAUCCACACAAGUAACGGAGAUCAUAUGAAAGCUCUAGAAUACUAUACUAUACUAUAAUAAGCCAACAUAGGGAUAAUUUGUAGUCCUACUUUUUCUUCUCUUUUUUUGGUUUCGUCUCGUCUCGAUGCUACGCUGAUGUUAAAAACAGUUUCCUAUUAGUACUCUCUCUCCGAGCAGAGAUUGACUUUGCAGACAAUACUAACAGUCCGCUAAUUAGCCCGCUGUAGAUACAGAAAAUAUAACAAAAACCCAUAUACAAAAACUCUUUAAAACCUCAAAAUUUUUGAAGAAUUGAAGCGAUGGGAGCUUAUAUACCCUAUUAUGGAACAGAGUUUGUGCCGGAUGUGAUUGCAAGUUUGGGUUUGGUUUUGUUUGCUGGGUUUGAGGUUCUUAUCAAGUCUGGGCGGCCUCAAGAUCGUAAGCAUGCUGCGAAAAUAUACCCGGUGGUAAAAAAUCAGCACCUAUUGCUUUGCACACUUUUGAUUGGUAAUUCUUUAGCAAUUCAUGUGCUACUUUUCAUUCUAUCUCUCAACAACACUACUUAAUUCAUCUCCCAUGAAGGUAUGUUCUGCAACAUAUAUAUGAAUAUGAGUUCUCUAUGUUCUAAAUAAGUAGCUUUCUUUGUUAUCCAUUGUUUAUUUAUCUUAAGUUAAGCAGUUUUUUUGUUGUAUUGGAUAUUGUAAUUUUUAUAAGCUGGUGAUUAAUUUGUCAAACUACUUUGGUGUUAUAUCAUUUUGAUUCUCAAGGCAUUUCAUAUAUAUAUUUUUAUAAUUAAUAUUGGAUAUAUCUCACACUUUGCGAACAUCUGCGAGUGAAUGAUUUGUUCAGCUGCUUCUAAGGAAAGGUUCGGAGCAGAUAAUUGGCUGAUACAAUUCCCUUCUGUCCUCCAAAGAUCAUUACUGACCACGGUCUUCUGUUGUGGGACAGUGGAAUUCAAUUUAGACGAACUCGGCCUGUUCUCUGUUUGAAGGAUAUUGUGGCGAUUCAUCCGACUCAAUACGCGUCUGAAAGGAUUAUUGGUCGAUUGAAGCUUAUUAAACAAGGAACUCCGUUGUUCAUGGUUGUGUAUUUUUUUGUAGACAUGGAUUCCGUACAAAGGACAGAGCUCAAAUGCGAGGGUUUCUGAAAAUGACAGGAAUCUUUAUACUAUAAGGGCAGUGCCUUUUACAGAGAUUAGGUCGAUUCGCAGGCACACUUCUACCCUUGGGUGGCAAUACGUAAUUGUUGUUCUGUCAUCAGGUUUAGCUUUUCCUCCUCUUUAUUUUUAUAAUGGAGGAGUUCAAGAUUUUCUUGCUACAAUAAAAGAAACAUGUUCAUCUUGUCAGGUUUUUUGCUAUGUUUUGUGAACUGUGUUGCAAGUAUUCCAGCAGCUGGAAAUUGAUUAUGUGAUCGGAGAGAGUCACAAAGAGUUGUUGCCUAAUUCUUCUGAUCCUGCUGCUAUUAUUCGAAUCUUUGGCGUCACAAGAGAAGGUAUCAUACUGAUAUGCAUCUUUCUAGCUUCUCACAAAAGAGACCCAAUCAAAUCCUCAGGUCAACUCCUCCACCCCAUCUCUACUUACAUGCUCUCUAUAUCUCUAUUAUAUUUGCUACCUAUCUAUUGUUCAAAUUAGUGCUUUUAUGGGGUUUGUCCAACUCCAAUAUAUUGUAUGUUUAAUUUAAUUAUUGAUAGUAUCAAACUGAUAAUUGGGCUAUUUUUAUUAUUAAUGUUCAGAUUCUUGGGUUAUGUUUGUUUACAAUGAUUAUAAUCUUAGGACUAUUAUUGAUUAAUGAUUACUGUAUAGUUCUUUUUCAGGGAAGGUUAAUCGAAUUUUUCCCCAAGGUGGUAUUAUAUCUGGGGAAAUGAACUUCGAAUUGGCUGACAUUUGAAGAACAAUUUUGCAGUGAUUAUCCUUUUUUUCUCAAACAGAAUUUGUAUAUUAAUCACAUUUCCAUUUCUGGCAGAGUAAUUGAAAAACCUCCUCAUCUCUAUGAUUGUGCUGCAGAUUUGCUAUGCAUGAAUUGGGUCUUUCCUCUCGGAAGCCUUACAAGAAAUGUGCAAGCUCAAGAAUUACUAAAGAAUGAAGUUCGAGUCAUCCUUGGACCCCAAACUACUCCUGAAACAAAUUUUGUUGUUGAGCUUGGAGCAAAAUCUCAAGUUCCUAUUGUCUCCUUUUCGGCAACAAGCUCUUAUCUAUCACCUGUGCGGAGCCCUUACUUCAUUCAGAUGGCAGGGGCUGAUUCUUCUCAAUUGAAAGCUAUUGCUUCCAUAUUUAAAGGAUUUGGAUGGAAGGAAGUCAUCUUUGUCUACGAAGACACUGGCUACCAAGAUGGAUUGAUUCAAUAUUUAAGUGAUGCAAUGAGGGAGGCCGGCAUUCAGAUAUCUAUGUCAAGUGCUAUUUCUAUUUCUGCUAAUGAUUUACAGAUAGAAGAAGAACUUCUCAAGUUGAAAUCAGCUUCAAGUAGGGUGUUCUUGGUUCAUAUGGCUCCCCCCUUGGAUCACGAUUUUUUCUUCAGGCAGACGCUGCAGGAAUGAUGAGUGAAGGAUAUGCAUGGUUAACUAUUGAUGGUUCGAAUACGUUUGCUUCUAUGGAUGCUACAGUUAGAGAUGCAAUGCAAGGUGUUCUGGGCAUAAGGCCUUAUGUACCCAAGUCAACAAAGCUUACAGCUUUUAAAAUGAGGCGGGGAAGGGAAUUGCAAUGCACGAAGCCUAAAGCUGAGCUUAAUAUUUUUGGAUUAUGGGCAUAUGAUGUAGUUUGGGCAUUAGCUAUGGAAGUAGAGAGGGUGACACCAGAUCAUAAUGCAGACCAUAAAUAAAAUUUAGGCAUUUCUGAAUUAGGCCCAACAUUUUUGAAAGAACUCUUGCGCACUAGGUUCAAGGGCUUAAGCGGAGAAUUCAGUCUGGUAAAUCGCCAGUUGCAGAUAUCAGAUUUUGAAAUACGAAAUGUAAUAGGGAAUGGAGAGCGAUCGAUAGGCUAUUGGACCCCAGACAGAGGAUUGUCGAGAGAUCCAGAUUCAUUGAACAUAUCUUCGACAUAUUCAACUUCUGUAAAUGUUUUGAGAAGCAUCAUUUGGCCUACAGAUUCAACUUUCAAGCCGAUGUAUUGGGCAGUACCCACAUCAGGGAAGAGAUUGAAAGUGGGGGUUCCAGUGAAAGAUGGUUUUACUGAAUUUGUGAAACUUCAGCAGUUUCAAAAUACUGCGGAGUAUAAUAUCACCGGUUUUUGUGCAGAUGUAUUCCGAUAAUUAUUAUUAAAUUUGCCAUUCAAAAUUGAGAAUCCUCAAUAUAUCCCUUAUUAGAACCUGACUACAGGAAGUGCUGGGAGUUACGAUGAUCUUCUUACACAGCUUGAAGAAAAGGUGUGGUGAUUCUAAUAUUGGAGCACCGUGCAAAUGACCCGGGAAAACUUGAAAAGGUGAUUUGGUUUCCAUUUGGCUCUCUUGUUUUUGCUGAAAGGAAUUUGGUUACUAGCAAAUGGUCUCAAUUUGUAUUUGUGAUCUGGCUGUUUACGGCAUAUAUUGUGAUGUAGAGUUACACAGCCAACUUAUCUUCAAAUAUGGCUAUUUCUUGGCUACAACAUUCAACAGACAAGCUUUAUUGUAUUGGUUUCCAAGAUGGUUCUUUCGUGAAGGAGAUACUAAUCAAGAGAUUGGACUUCAACAUAUCGAGAAUUAAGUCUUAUGCAAGUGUGGAGCAAUAUCAUGAUGCUCUUUCCAAGGGAUGCCAGAACGGAGGAGUUGAUGCUAUACUUGAUGAGCUUCCCUCCAUCAAGAUCUUUCUUGAUAAAUAUGGUAGAACCAAUCCUAUAUUGCCAUCUGUUUCAUCAUUUCAUGUAAGGAAAUUGUUAAUGUUUCCUAACUGAGAAUCAAGUCUUUUCACUUCCAACUAAGCCAAUAUCAUUCUUAGACUUGUAUUUUGAAAUUAAUUUUGUUAAUGUGUAACUGUGUAAGUAACUAGUGUGCCAAUGCCAAAUAAAUGUUGUUCUGGGUAA